GUGUUCGCUCGUUUUUUCCGAAGGGCUACCAUUUCCGGCGGCGUGCAGCAGAGAGCAGACGAGACUUCCGCAUUUGCAAUGGAUCCAACAACAGCCCAGCUCCUCACUCCUUCCCUUAGCAGACGGCGCAGCAACAGCUAGCUCAUUCUCCACCGAGCCUAUCCUACCAUCGCGCGCGCACCCCUUGUCCCCACAGUCCACACCCAUCACGCCGCCCGUAGGAGGCUUGCUACCGCCGGCCGUGCUCGCAGACGAACAAGGUUUUGCUCCGGCGACAGAAAGAUCGAAGACUCCGGCGGGCGAGCAUGGACGGCCGGGUCUCCCCGGGACGGGUUUCCCAGCUUGAAAUCAAGAUGAGUGUUUUAUGCUUUCUGUUGCUAGUCUUAAGCGCACAGGCGCUCGACGAGGUCAAGGUCAACUCUUUGGCCCGUCGGCCCAUUCCAGCCAAUUUAUUCGGAAUCUUCUUUGAGGAGAUCAACCAUGCAGGAGCUGGUGGAUUAUGGGCAGAGCUAGUUAGCAACAGAGGUUUUGAAGCUGCUCCAUCAAAAAUUGACCCAUGGUCCAUUAUUGGAGAUCAGUCUUCAAUUUUUGUGGCGACAGAGCUUAGCUCCUGUUUCAACAAAAAUAGAAACGCUUUGAGAAUUGAUGUACUGUGCGACAAAUGCCCAUUUGGCGGUGUUGGGGUUUAUAAUCCUGGGUUCUGGGGCAUGAACAUUGAGCAAGGAAAAAGCUACGACCUCGUGAUACAUAUGAGAUCAGCUGAAUUCGUGAAUCUGACUGCCUUGCUCACCUGCUCAAAUGGGCUGAGCAACGACACAGCUGUGGUUAUUAGCUCAAGACACUUGACAUAUACCGAUUUGUCAAACUGGGAAAGGAUAAAGGUGGAAUUAUUUGCUCACCAAACCUGUCGGACUGGAAGACUUGAGCUGAGAAGUUCUAACAGAGGCAGGUUGUGGCUAGACCAGGUCUCGUUGAUGCCAUCUGAGACUUACAUGGGACACGGUUUUCGCAAGGAUCUGAUGAGCAUGCUGCUGGAUCUACAGCCGCGAUUUCUCAGAUUUCCUGGUGGUUGUUUUGUAGAAGGAAACAUUCUUCAAAACCGGUUCAUGUGGAAGAAUACGAUUGGUCCGUGGGAACAAAGACCAGGUCACUAUGGAGACGUUUGGAAUUACUGGACCGACGACGGGCUUGGCUAUUUUGAGUUUCUUCAGCUUGCUGAAGACCUUGGUGCUGCCCCAGUCUGGGUGGUCAACAUUGGGAUCAGCCACACUGAUGAAGUCAACAUCACUGACAUCGCUCCUCUUGUGGCGGAUGUACUGGAUAGUCUCGAGUUUGCGAGAGGGAGUUCAGAAUCAAAAUGGGGCACUAUUAGAUCCGCGAUGGGGCAUCCUGAACCUUUUCCAGUAAAGUAUGUUGCACUUGGGAAUGAAGAUUGUGUAAAGAACUCUUACAGAGGACAUUACCUCAGGUUUCACAGUGCAAUAAGAAAGGCUUAUCCAGACAUUGAAAUAAUUUCGAACUGUGAUGGCUCAGCUAAGCCACUAUAUGAUCCUGCUGAUUUCUAUGAUUACCAUAUCUAUGAAAAUGCUACUGUUGUUUUUCUGAGCAAGAAUAAAUUCGACAAUGCACCACGUACUGGGCCCAAGGUGUUUGUCAGUGAAUAUGCUGUUAGAGAUGCAAGAGAUGGUCUUAAUGGAAGCCUUCUUGCUUCAUUGGCAGAGGCAGCUUUCCUUAUUGGAUUGGAGAAAAAUAGUGAUCUCGUUCAGAUGGCAAGCUAUGCCCCACUUUUUGUGAACGACAACGAUCGCAACUGGAUGCCAGAUGCGAUUGUCUUCAAUUCCUGGCAGCGAUAUGGAACUCCUAGCUACUGGAUGCAGACAUUCUUCCGUGAAUCCAGUGGUGCUGUGAUUCAUCCUAUCGAAUUCAGUUCCAUCUACUCCCAACAGUUGGCAGCAUCUGCGAUCACCUGGCAUGGCAGGAAGAACAACUUCAUGAGAGUGAAGAUUGUAAACUUUGGGUCAAAUGCUGUGAACCUGACGAUAUCUGUAACUGGACUUCAAGUUGGUAUCAAUAGGGCCCGAUCAACUGUCACUGUUCUCACAUCAAGGAAUUUCCUGGAUGAGAACUCUUUCAGUCAUCCAAACAAGGUCGUGCCGGUUAGAGGCAAGCUGCUGACUGCUGCGAAGGAGAUGCACGUGCGACUGGCUCCUUACUCCUUCACGUCCUAUGAUCUUGCUCUAGAUCAUAGGACGUGAAGGAGAAUGAUGGAGCCUACGGCUGUCUUGGGUCUUCACUUGUUAGAAUUACUAGUUAAUUCCCCGCGUGUUGCUGCGGGUAUUUGAGAUGAUUUUCCUGAUGCAAAAAACAAAAACCAUCUAUGAAAUUAAUACUCAUUUGCAUUGUGUCGCUGUGGCAUGCUAGUUGCUCGGCAAUAUAUACUAACCAUUCCUGAACCUUAUCCUUGUUACCACUUGCAGACACCAUUAUUCAGAAGAUGUAUUGAGUAAGGGUAUAUGUGUACUCGAUGAUGAA